AUGAGCCGACGUAGUAACGGCCGCACCAUCUACGUGGGCAACCUCCCCGAGGACAUCCGCGAGAGAGAGAUUGAGGAUCUCUUCUACAAGUAUGGUCCUAUUGUCGAUAUCGAUCUGAAAAUUCCUCCAAGGCCUCCUGUUUAUGCUUUUGUCGAGUUCGAAGACCCACGUGAUGCUGAUGAUGCAAUUUAUGGCCGUGAUGGAUAUGACUUUGAUGGCCACGAAUUGCGGGUGGAGUUAGCUCAUGGGGGGAAAGGCCCUUAUUUUAUUCGACCAAGCAGCUAUAGUAGUUCUGGACGUCAUGGUGCAGUUAGGCGUUCUGAUUACCGCGUUAUUGUUACCGGAUUACCUUCUUCAGCAUCAUGGCAAGAUCUCAAGGAUCAUAUGCGGCGAGCUGGUGAUGUCUGUUUCUCUGAUGUUUAUCCUGAGGCUGGAGCAAUUACUGGAAUAGUUGAGUAUACCAACUACGAAGACAUGAAACAUGCGAUAAGAAAGCUUGAUGAUUCAGAGUUCCGUAAUGCAUUUUCACGAGCAUAUAUCAGGGUGAGGGAGUACAAUGCUAGGCGUAGCCGCUCUUACUCGAGAGGUAGAAGCCGAAGCUGCUCUUACUCAAGAAGCAGAAGUCACAGUUAUAGCAGGAGCAAGAGUCCAAGGUCUAGAUCUGCUUCUCGGUCUCCUUCACCUGUUAAAGCAAGAUCUGGACCAUGCGACUGUCUGGGGAUUGCAUUGGUAGGAUAUUGGCACGUUCAGAAUCAAAGGAUGGUUUUGGGCGUUGGAUAG